UGUUCCAAGCUGAGGAGAAUAGAGAAUUAAAGAAAAUUUACUGUAUAUAUGUAAGAGAAUUUACUAUUUAAAUUGCUGAUCAUGCAUUGCUCGUGACGCUUUUGUAGCGAAGUUCAAGCGAUUGCGCACAAUCAGAACGGGUUAAGGAGUUAACGGGUUGGUGUCACUGGAAUGGAAAAACUUAACCUAGUCAUUCUAUAAUAUGUAAUAUAUGAAAAUUACAAUUGUCUAAUUCACUGUUACAUGUACAAUAAAUUCUUAUGUGCAGUUAUGUAACAUACAAGGUUAUGAUGGGAAACUUCCAAACGUUUGUCACUCGACCAAUUCGUGCGUUCAAUAUCGAAAAUCGAACAAGAAGAUUACUUGCGAAGGAAAAACUAACUCCGGCGCCUCAACAUGCUUCAGUGGGUAAACAAAAGGAAUUGGUAGAUAAAAUGUGUCCAAACUUCAUGGAAGAGCAUUACAAAAAGAAUACGCAACUAGAUGAUCGCUUGAAGAAUAUUUAUGUGAAGUCCACCGAUCCUAUGGAAACAGAGGAAGCAAUAAAGUCAAUAAGACCAUUGCCACAAGAACGUGGUAUACAGGAAUAUGACUUCAGUUAUUAUGAUUCGGACAAUGUUCCUGAAGGUAAAUGUUCUUUGAAUCAGGUUCUGACAUUUUUGAAAAACCACUCCGACAACCCUGACGUAUACACUGCAGACAAAAUAGCUGCUGAAUAUAAACUAGAUAAAGAUGUUGUAGAAAGUAUACUAAUACAUUUUCAAGUCCCUCAUCUUAGAGUUAAGACUCUACAAAUAGAUAGUAAUCCUAUAGUUGAACUUAUAGAAAAAGAAUAGUUUCUAAAAUAGUUUAUGUAUUCUUUCUUGCAAACGUUGUACAGACAUUUAGAUGUAGUAAUUAUUUGGAAUUAAUUUGUAAUUCCGAAUUAUUAACCAAUUUAUGAUUCUGAAUAAUUAUCCUAAAUAUCUAUACAUAAAUAAAAGGAUGAUUUAAUAUAUUUUGAAAAUUCAUUCAUUUAAAUUCAUAUUUUCAUAUGAAAGAAAGAAGUCCUGCAAUUUUGGCUCAAGUGUUGAAAUGUAAUCUGUACAAGCUAAGUCAGCUGGCUUUUAUUCAAUAUAGUACAUUUGAUGAACUUAUAGAAAUUAAUAUGAUCCAAUGUUUUACUGGUCAGGGAGGAGGUAAUAUACAAGUAUGCCUACUCUAUAUUUUUAUGUUGUACAAUAAAUUACAUACAUGUAUUUACAAAAAUGUAUAAUCGAUCAAGCGAU